CCUCACCUCUGGUAUCAGAAACAUUACUAGGGCUCGCUGCUGACCAUUUUACUCUUCACCCAACCCAAAGAAGAAGACGAAGAGCUCGAGGAACACUGUCACUCUCUAUCUCUCUCUACUAUAAUCCAGAUGGACUACAGCUCCGAAGAAGAGUCAGAUAUUAGUGAGUCUGAGAUCAACGAUUACAAAGAUAAACCAUAUGAGCAGUUGAGGGAGGGAAAGUAUAAAGUAAAGGGUCCUAACGGCACUCUUAGAUGCCCCUUUUGUGCCGGGAAGAAGAAACAAGAUUACAAGUUCAAGGACCUCUUCCAACAUGCUUCUGGGGUGGGUAAAGGUUCUGCUAACAGAAGUGCCAAACAGAAGGCCAACCACCUAGCCUUGGCCAUCUAUUUGGAGAAUGACCUAGCCAGUGAAGCAGACCAAAUACAGCGCCCACUUUUACCCACACCUGUCGCUCCACAAGAGAAGCAAGAAGAAGAUCUCUAUGUGUGGCCUUGGACUGGCAUCGUUGUGAACAUUGUGAUUCAGCCAAAGGAUGGAAAAGAUUUGCUGGAUUCUAGAUACUGGUUGAGGAAGUUUUCUAAAUAUAAACCUUCAGAAGUUCAUACCUUUUUGAAUGAAGAAGAGCCAGCUGCAUGCGCUGUGGUGUGCUUUAGUAAAGAUUGGAGUGGUUUCGGGAAUGCUACUGAUUUUGAGAAAAUGUUUGAAACUGACUGUCACGGCAAAAAGGAUUGGAAUGCACGAAAACAACAGCCUGGCUCAAGUAUUUAUGGGUGGUGUGCACGUGCUGAUGAUUAUCAUUCCCAAGGGCUGAUGGGGACGUUCCUUCGUGAGGAAGGAAAGCUAAGAACAGUAUCUGACAUUGUCCAGGAAGCAGCUCAAAACAGAAAUGAUGUUGUGGCCAGCCUAGCCAAUAAAAUUGACAUGACAAAUGAAAAUCUGGAUGAACUAAGGUACAAAUACAAUGAGAACACAAUGUCAUUAAGUAGGAUGCUUGAAGAGAAAGACAAGCUACACAACGACUUUGUUGAAGAAACGAGGAAGAUGCAGCGGACUGCACGAGACAAUGUUCGAAGAAUUUUAGAUGAACAAGAGAAACUGAAUUAUGAGUUGGAGUCGAAGAAAAGGAAACUUGAUUCCUGGAGCAAAGAAUUAAACAAACGUGAAGCACUAACUGAGCGUGAGAGGCAAAAGCUUGACGAGGAUAAGAAGAAGAAUGAUCAGAGAAACAAUUCACUUCACUUGGCUUCCGUGGAGCAGAAAAAGGCGGAUGAGAAUGUCUUGAGACUGGUUGAAGAGCAAAAGAGGGAAAAAGAGGAUGCCUUAAACAAAAUACUUGAGUUAGAAAAGCAGUUGGAUGCGAAACAGAAGUUGGAAAUGGAGAUUGAAGAGAUAAAAGGGAAAUUAGAGGUAAUGAAGCAUCUCGGGGAUCAAGAUGACGAUGCAGUUCAAAAGAAGAUAAAAGAAAUGAAUGAUGAAUUGGAGGAAAAGGUUGAUGAGCUUGAGGAUUUAGAAUCUCUAAAUCAAACUCUUAUCACCAAAGAGCGCCAAAGCAAUGAUGAGUUACAGAAAGCUCGUAAAGAAUUAAUAGCAGGUUUGAGAGGUAUGUUGGAUGUUCGAUCUCAUAUUCAGAUAAAGAGAAUGGGUGAUCUUGAUUACAAGCCCUUCUACAACGUAUGCAAGGAACGAUUUAGUGAUGAGGAAGCACAGGUGCAGGCCUCCACUUUAUGCUCCUUGUGGCAGGAUAAUCUAACAAAAACAGAUUGGCAUCCUUUUAAGAUUAUAACUGUUGAUGGGAAUGCUCAGGAAAUAAUUAAUGAGGAAGAUGAGAAGCUACGGAAUCUGAAGGAGGAGUGGGGUCAUGAGAUAUAUGAGUGUGUCGUUACAGCCUUAAAAGAACUUAAUGAGUAUAAUCCAAGUGGGAGGUAUGCUGUCUCUGAACUUUGGAAUGUCAAAGAAGGAAGGAAAGCCACACUGAAGGAGGUUAUCAGUUAUAUCUUAAGCAAAAUAAAGACACUCAAGCGAAAGAGAACAUGAGGUGAAGGCAAUGGUAGCAAAAGUGGAAGACCAAAUUUGGAUCAACUGGUUGGAUGGCAAGACCAUGUUUUCAUGGGGCUUCCUCUUAUGGAUAUAUGCUAUGACAAGAACCUGCUUUAGUUGGAUUAAUUGUACCUUGAAUACUUAUGAACCUAAAAUUUUAUGUGGGAAACUUUGUGACUGCUAUUUUACCACUCACUUUGCUAUCGGUGUCAUCAGCUUGUGUAUCUGUAGUUUACAUUAUUGAAUCCAGUUCGGUGAUUGGCCAUGCCCUUCCCAACCGAAUGUAUUUGAGCAAACAUUGUAAAAUUGAGGAUUUCUUUAUGGGCAGUGUAAUUGGGGAGUAAGGUAGUGAGGACGUUUAUCUUCCUCCACCUGUCUGUGAUUUUCCUUUGCUAUUA